AGCCGCGAGCUUCAGACAGUUGUCAGGUUGGCUAGCUUGACGACAGCAAACCGGCAUACCCUCGCAUAGAGGACGAACUUCGCGGCGUUUCUCCCAGCCUCGAAAUGAGCUGCAAGGUGCUGGCGAUUGUGGCGCUGACGCUCCUCGCUGCGGCCGUCAGCGGGACCCACGGCGUCUUCGUGAGCGCAGGGACGGGCUUCGGGCCCUCGCUCGGCUUCCCGCCCUUCGGCUUCCCGCCCUUCGGCUUCCCGCCCUUCGGGCCGUUCGGCUUCGCCGGCCUGCCGUUCGGCAGCGGCGUGAGCGUGGGCUUCGGCGGGCCGCUCGGCUUCGGCCGCCACUUCUCGUUCGGCUUCGGGCCGGGCGGGUUCUUCGGGUCGGGCGCGCCCGGGGAGGUGAAGACCUUCUCGGUGAAGCCGGGCGAGGCCGUGGUCAUCCCGAGCCCCGACGGCCGCGGGGGGGUCACCUUCUUCUCGGGGGGCGGGCCGGGCGGCGGCUUCACCAGCAUGUUCACCAGCACCACCUUCUAGAGUCCCUCCCGCCGCACAACUCACUCCCGUCGAACUGCCUCGCGACCUGCUCUCUUCUCCGCCAGCAGCUCACCGGCUGUCGCCCUCCGCCACCGUCCAACCAACGAUUUGUUUCCUUGGCGGAGGCCUGUGGAGUGGCGCCAAGUGCACUGCCUAGAAAUCAGAUAUUGGGAUGUACUAACUAUUUAUAGGGACAGGAAAAAACUCGCUGUUUCAAUAAUCUCUAUGAUAGACCUCUACAUACUUGAGCCAAUUUGCUGCUGACUUGCAAAACGUCGCGACUGGGAUGCUCUUAAUUCCACACUUCUUGGACUGAGAGUCUCUCGUUUAGCCCAGUCUCCUGCAGACGAACCGCAAGCCAAUAGCAAAAAGGAUCGCAAAUGUAUAAUGUUUUGAAGUUUAGACUUUCGCCAAAUGAAUCCGCGAUUUUUUUUUCCAGUCCCAGCUAAUGUGUAGGGGCAGGCCUUUUCCCACAAAUAAACCUGAACGCCCAUCAGACCGCAGCAUGGUAUGCCUGCGCCAGCGGUUUCUUCCUUGUGAUUGGCGGCUGUCAGAAAGAUAAGUCAUUGCCUUAAUCGACCAGGCCAUUCAGGUCGCGUUUGCUUCCGCACUGUGCUGACAGUAGACAUGCACCUUAAAGAAACUCACCCAAUCACGAAACAAAGGCAAUGUUGCAGUGUUAUAAUUCUCAGUUAGUCUUGAAAGGUUUCGCAAUAAAAUACAUCCCUUUAAUAAUUCUUUAUAACAGUAAAAAAAAUCACAAUUCAGUUUAUUGUGCUCAUUAAACGGGGAAUUUUUUAAAAUUUGAUCUUUUCUGAAAAAAUUUAGCAGAAAAUUUAUUUUUAAAACUUCCAGUACCACCUUUGAUAUUCCCACUCGAUACUGAAGUAUUACAAAUUUAAUUUUCUUAAAGGAAUUCAGCCACAAAAAAAUUAUUCGAGAUAUUUUACUCGCUGCUUGACAAACUCCCUUCAUUAGCAAACUAAGAAAUGACACUCCACCGAGGCCUAGUUGUGUGUUUCGACGGGAAUUUAGCAUCUUGCGGACAUGGCAGUUCAGCCCACAGCGUUUUCUUCGAGACAAAAACUCUUCCCGGCGACUGUUGAAGACAAAAUUCAAGAUUUGUUAGUUUUGCAAGAGUACAUUCUUUCACUGCUGCCAGAUAACGUUUCGCAAAACAUCCUUGUUCCUGCAAAUGUUUUGUUAUAUCUUCCUUAUUGUAAUUAUAUAAAAUAAUAAAACUACUCACAGAAGUUCUGAAAAUACGUAUAGUAAUUUUUUAUCGUUGCAUGAGGCAAAGUGAAUAUGGCUGAUCAACCCACAAUUAAAUAGACAAGCAUUAAAAGUAAAGAUGCCAAGAAGCAAACAUGAAGUGAAGAUAUAAAACUUCCCAACUAUAUUUUAAACAAAUAUAUACAAAUAUUUUUAAAAUUGUAACACUUAUUAAAAAUCAUCCCAAUGCCGAAUCUUGUUUAAUAAGACUAAAUAGGUAGACUGAGUUAGAUGUUCACUAUGAAUAGUUUUGUUUUAGAAACGCUAGAUAUUACCUUUAUUUAUGUUCACUCAUCACAGUGAAAUCUUAGGUAUGGUACCCAAUUUAAGGCGCUAUUUUAGGAUGUAACACUAAUAUAACUUGACUCGUUCAAUCACUACUCUGCCAGUUCAGAAUAGUACACGGAAAAGGUAAUGUUUAAGCAGUUGUUAAAAACCGGCAAUUUUGUAGGCUACAAGAUAUUUCAGUUAACAGCAUUAUGAAAUAAAAUGUCAUUUACAUCACAAACAGCGUGUAAAGUAAAAAUAGGUGUUUUGUUUUAGUUCUAAAAUUAUGUAUUCAACAAUACUCAAGUGUCAGUGUCAAUAAUAGUAAUACACUAUUUACAAUUAUGAGUACUUGUUUUCUAUGAAAAUGUUUAAAACUACAUUAAAGACUUUGAUUUUUUUUAAAUAUUUUCACACGAAAUUUUUUUUACUCACUUAAAAUCUUCCUCGUGUAGUUACUACCUUAAUACUUCAAAGUUUAUUAUCAGAAAGUUAUGUCACAUGUGAUUGGGCCAUUAUUUGAGCGAUUUGACACAAAAAAAGCAUGUAAUAUGUAUUUAAUUGUAAAUAAUUUCCUUGACUUUCCUGUACAUCAGUCUCGGCGUGGAGGGUAUGCAAAUAAACAAGUUGUUUCACUAUGCUAUAAA